AGUCACGGUAACACUCUCCCCGUCUACGCGUUGUACCGAACGAAUCGAACCCUCGCUUUUCCUCGUCUUCGUUUCUCUCUCUCUCCCCUUCCCCCGGUCGAGAGAGAAAGGGAGAGGCGACGCUUGAUCCCUAUAGAGGUUAGAGCUUCCGAGGUAGGUGGAUCUGGUUAUAUUUUUAGGGAUUGGAGCACUUGAUUAAUAGAAAGGACUACACCACGUAAAAAAGGACGAAAUUUUGGUUCUAUUUGUUGUCUACUUGGUGGGAAGGAAACGGGAAUGGGAGACCAUGUGGUAUUGAAUGUCGAAAAUCUGAUAAAGCAGGGGACUGAUCCAUCUGUUGAGGUUGGCAGGGGGUUUCCUCCUGCUGCCACUUCAUCCUCUGCAAUAUCUCAGAAUAUUAGCAAUGAGGAAGAAGAGCCGCUCAUUCAGACGGUGGAGUGUCGCAUUUGCCAGGAGGAAGACCACGUUAAGAACCUGGAGACACCGUGCGCUUGCAGCGGGAGUCUAAAGUAUGCCCAUAGGGCAUGUGUACAGCGCUGGUGCAACGAGAAGAGAGAUAUAACAUGUGAAAUUUGCCAUGAGCCAUAUAAGCCUGGGUACACUGCACCUCCCCGAGCUGACCCAGAUGAGACCACCAUUGACAUCAGCGGAGGUUGGACUAUUACAGGUACUCCUUUGGAUUUGCAUGAUCCUAGGAUACUUGCUGUGGCAGCUGCACAACGCCGCUUUCUCGAAGCCGAGUAUGACGAAUAUGCUGCUACAAAUGCCAGUGGUGCAUUUUGCCGUUCUGCUGCUCUGAUAUUGAUGGCCCUUUUGCUAUUGAGGCAUGCUUUGACUAUCACAAAUGGCGAUGCAGAUGAUGAUGAUGCCUCUACUAUGUUUUCACUUUUCCUGCUAAGGGCUGCUGGAUUUCUGUUACCAUUCUACAUAAUGGCAUGGGCCAUAAGUAUUUUGCAGCGUCGAAGGCAGAGACAGGAAGCUGCUGCUAUAGCGGCAGCUGAAGUGGCAUUCAUACUUCGAUCUGGGCGAGGUCGGGACCUCCAAGUUACUAUAGUACCCGACUCCCCCGCGACUCCACAGCAAGAGCCUCAUCAAUAGAGUACCCUCCUUUUUGGAAGAGCAGGCCUUCUGGUUAUGAGAUUAUUACUACAUUGGCAUUCUUAUAGCGGCGGCAGAGGGGGGAAACUUGCAGUCACCUGUGUUUCUCUUUUUUGUGUUUUUCUAAGCUUACAUUUUGAUUUGAAUUUCGUAUUUUAUUGGCUUGACGGCCAGACUUUGGUGUUAUGUAUGUAUAUAUUUAAAUUCUUGAGAAUUCAAUGGCAUCAAAUAUUUUACCUAUUUAUUUUUAAGCUUUGAUAUAACUUUAUGGACCUUUUGCACCCACGAGUAAUGUAUGGGCAUUUUUGUCA